AUGAAGGACCUGAGCAAGAAGAACAACAUCUUCGCCCAGUUCCGCAAGAACGACCGCGACAAGCAGAAGCUGAUCGAGACGGUGGUGCGGCAGCUGCGCGGGCUGGUCAACGGCAUGGCCCACCAGCACCCCUACCCCCCCCCACGCCUCGGGGGCUCCCGCCGUCGCCGGAGCGCGGAGAUGCUGCCGCCCGCGGAGCCCGGCGAGGCGCUCUCCUGGCUGGAGGCUGCGCUGGCCGCCGCCGUGGCGCUGGGGCUCCUGCUGGCCCUGGCCCGGCACCUGUGGGCGCUCCGCUGGAGCUGGAGCCGGGACCGCGCCAGCGCCCUGCCCCUGCCCAAGGGCUCCAUGGGGUGGCCCUUCUUCGGCGAGACUCUGCACUGGCUGGUCCAGGGGGGCCCCCGGGCCGGGGGGGGGCGUGCGGAGGGGGCGCGGGGAGAGGCGCCCUCGGUCCGGGAGAAGCCCCGGGAGGGUUCCAGCUUCCACAGCGCCCGGCGGCAGAAGUACGGCGCCGUGUUCAAGACUCACCUGCUGGGCAAGCCGGUGAUCCGCGUGAGCGGCGCCGACCAGGUGCGCAAGAUCCUGCUGAGCGAGCACAGCCUGGUGGGCGUCCAGUGGCCGCUCAGCACCCAGAUCCUGCUGGGCUCGCACACCCUCCUCAACGCCAGCGCCGAGACCCACCGGCAGCGCAGGAAGGGAAUCAAGGCCCGGGAUCUGCUGCACCAGUACAUGGAAAAGGCCAUCCUGGAGAAACUGCAGCGGAAGGACCCGCGGGCUGAUAGCGAUGCUCUGGACUUCAUCAUGGACAGCGCCAAGGAGCAUGGCAAAGAACUGACCAUGCAGGAGCUGAAGGAGUCUGCAAUUGAGCUGAUAUUUGCAGCUUUCUUCACGACGGCCAGCGCGAGCACUUCUCUGAUCCUCCUCCUCCUGAAACACCCCUGGGCCAUCCAGAAGAUCCGGCAGGAGCUGGUGUCCCAUGACCUCCUCAGGCAGUGCCGCUGCUUCAUCGCUGGCCGGUCCCCGACAAGCCAGCAGACCUGCCAAGAGACGGCAGGUGAACGAGAGGCUCAAAGCGAGGACUCCCAGGCACCUCUGCCACCCAGGCUGGAAUGGAAAGCCGGUACAGACCCAAGAGGGGAGGGGAGAGCUUCUCCCUUGCCUCACAUGGACAGAUUAGUCCAGAAAGCAAGUGGAGGCAGGAGCACAGGCUUGGAAAGACGGGAGGAAGCGGGCCAGCUCUUUGGCAGGCCGGAAGGACCCGAGUGUGACUGCCAUUCUUACCUGACUCUGGAGAAGAUGAGCCGCUUGCGCUACCUGGACGGCGUCAUCAAGGAAGUGCUCCGUUUGCUGCCCCCGGUGUCUGGAGGCUACAGGACAGCCUUGCAGACUUUUGAGCUGGACGGCUACCAGAUUCCCAAAGGAUGGAGUGUCAUGUACAGUAUCAGGGACACGCACGAGACUGCCAGCAUCUAUCAAAGUCCCCCAGAUACCUUUGAUCCUGAGCGCUUUUGGGUGCCCCAGGAAGAAGGCGAGGAACACAAAGCACCCAGCUCUGUCCGUUUCCACUACAUCCCCUUUGGUGGGGGAGUCCGGAACUGCAUUGGCAAGGAACUGGCCCAGGCCAUCCUCAAGCUGCUUGCCAUUGAGCUGGUCAGCACAGCCCGCUGGGAGCUGGCCACCCCUCACUUCCCCAAGAUGCAAACGGUGCCCAUUGUGCACCCCGUGGACGGUCUGCAGCUCUAUUUUCAUCCCCUGAAGCCCGGAAGGGAAAGCGGUGAGCCAAACAAGGCAGAAACUUGA